AUGACUUUGAAGAAGAAGCCCAUUCCGCGCAGUUACGAAACCUUUUCGUCAUCUUCGGAGCCAUCAGACAACUCCAGAACUUCAAACUCUGACAAGACCAGAAUAUCCGCUGGCAUAGAGGCACAACGGCUUGCCUCCCAAGGUCUUUGGAGUGACAACUACAUCAACCGGACUCCGCUCGCAAACGCUUCGGAAAUGGGGACAGAGGCAGAAGCCUUCUCCCGCGAUGAGGAUCCGGCGGACCCUCCUCCCAUUUAUACGCCGUCGGAGACGACGGCCUCCACACCACCUUCGCCCGUUGUUGCCCGUUCCCAACCUCAACCAGUACGUGAACCCAGGUCUUCUCCGGAAGACGUUGCCUACCCUGCCAUUCCGGAGGAACCUCAAGAAGAAGUCCCCAGCUCCGACCCAUAUGCAUCUUCGCCUCUACUGGAGCGUGCACAGCCUGAGCCAGAUGUCCAGCCCAGGCGAUGCUCUAGGAGGGGUAAUGGCCAGUGCAAAGACCGCAGACGGCGCUUCAGGAGGGUGUUCUGGUUCUCUUGUGCUCUAGCACUUUGCUUGUGGUUGAUGCUCCCAGCUUUGAUAGGGGAUCGGGCCGGCACUCGUGGACCACAUUGGCACCAUCGACCUUCAGGCGAUCUAGACAAGUCUCCUUUGCCAGCAUGGCCGAACCCAGGGCGUGAAUACCGCCGACACGAAACCUCAAGCCCAAUAUCGGGUACUUUCAAGCUCUACGAUCUGCUUGAUCUUUCGACUACGUCGGGAAGUAUCAAUGUCAAUAUCGAGCCACAAGCUGGCGAAAAAGAUGCAGUCUUGAGAAUCAGUUCGACGUCCGGCUCGGUUCGUGUCAACAUGGGUAGGGGCAUCAUCCCGUGGCUACCCUCGAGCGACGAAACCAAUCGCACGUUUCAGACAACAAUCAAGACCCAGUCGGGCAGCGUUCGUGGCAGCAUCGUUGCCGGUAAUGGCGGCUUGACCAGCGUUGAGACUGCCUCUGGGUCCAUCACGCUCACCAUACAUGCUCUCGACCUUGGAUCUCGAGGAAAGACAAGCAAUCUCGAGACCAUCAGUCAGUCCGGCAGCCAAUCGCUCGUUGUAGCAUCGUCCUCUGCUCAUGACCUCCGCAACCUCGAGUCCAGGCACCUUGUCCACGGUAGCGCGAGUCUUCAGAUUCAGUACCCCAGGCGCUGGAUGGGAAAGCUGCGCAUGCGCAGCCUUGGCAGUGGUAGCAUGCGUGCGUCGGGAAGUGGUCUUCAUUUCGAACAGGAUAGCAACCGCGAGAAGCUUGCUUGGCGUGGAGACGGCGAUUUGGAAGAGGUGGGCAUUACUUUGGAAGGCAGUGGCUCUGCCAGGUUUGCUUGUUGA